AAAUUCCUCCUUUAAAUCACCUGAACUUCCUGCACACCCGGCCUGAGCACGAAUGAUGGAUUGUUCCCGGAGGAUCAAUCUUCCAGAAUCCACUUACUUCCAUCUUCUCGGGUGUAAGGAGGAGAUCACUGACCUCUUCCUCAGGAAAUUCCGUUGUGUGGUGGAGUUGAGCGGUCCUGAACCCAACAGAUCUCACCCGGCAUCAGUCAAGGCUGAAAAGGUUUAUGAGAAGAGAACCUCGUUGGGCCCGGUGGUCAGUGUAUGGAGGGGCGACCUCACCAAGCUGGACGCCGAUGUUGUGGUGAAUAGCGCUAAUGAAGACCUGGAUCAUGCCGGGGGGUUGGCCCGUGCUUUGGUGGAAGCCGGAGGACCAAUCAUUGAAAAGGACAGCAAAGAUUACAUUAAGGCGAAUGGAAGGAUAAAAACCGGAGAGUACGCAGUCACACGUCCCGGAAAUCUCCCCUGUAAGUGUCUCCUUCAUGUUGUGGGUCCGGUGUGGUUCAAAGAAGCUGCCAAGAGAUGUGAUGAUGAGCUUAGCGAAAGCAUCAAGAAUGUGCUGAGAUAUGUGAAUCAGCACAAGGACAUCAAAUCUGUGGCCAUCCCAGCCGUGAGCUCCGGGAUCUUCGGGUUUCCUGUCCAACGCUGUGCAGAUAUUAUCGUGAAUAUGAUUCACUCAUUCUGCUUCACUGUGAAAGAGACCCAUGUAAAGGAAAUCCGACUGGUGAACAACAAUGACCCGGCUAUCCAAGCCAUGAAGUCGGCCUGUGAAAGCUCUUUUGGUCCAAGUGAGGACCUCAGUGGAGCCACAUCAGGUCCACCUGACCAACAACGGCCAACGACCCGCAGCAUGACCGCCAACUUACAACCCUCACCAACAACGUCCAGCUAUAAGCAAGCUCUUAUGCAACCCUCAGCACACAGACCCUCUACAGAGAAGUCACAGCCAAUCACCAUUGAUAGUUUAACCCUUCACCUGAAACAUGGGCGGCUGAUACAGGACCAGAAGGUUUUUCAAGAUCGGUUGAACUUCAGUCGCGCCUCCAUGAAUACCGGCACCACAGUGGAGGGGAGAGAUCCCAGAGCUGAUAUCAGUGACAAGUCUUCUAAUUCCCGUGAUUCAGAAACCCCGUGUUUGAUAAUUAAUGCAAUGAGUGAUGAGGAUGCUGAGGAGGCCGAGGUCUGGCUGACCAACAUUCCCCACCCUCACCCCGUCUCCAUACACAAUAACCUCGUCCUUCUGUUUGGACAAGAAGAACACGAUUUCCUCUCAUCUCCCGAUUUCCCAAAUGUCACCAUCAAGGAGAAGCUGAGUUAUGGGAUGUCGGGUCUAGAGAUCGAUGGUUUCCCCCAGGACAAGUUCAAAGGAGUCAUACAGGCGGAGCGACUCCUCUUAGACGUUCAGGAGAAGCACGCUGUGACGCUGGAGGAGGAGCUGGUGGCGGCGACUGUGGUUUGGUUCUAUAAAAAUGAGAGUGGAGCCCGGAGAUAUCCAGCCAAAGCCAACCGAGAGAUAGAGAAAGCCUUUGUGACCCAAAGUGACAUCAAGCUGAGGUCCGAGCCCCAUCAUUCGAUCUUUAUUAAGAACAUCACAGCGGAGGGGAAGGACGGAGCGUUUUGGCUGGAGAGGCGGACUUUAUUUAACAGUUCCAAGGAUGUCCAGACGAGGUGCCAUCCUGACGAUUGGCUCUCACAGGUCGUUAAAGUGAAUCGUCAGGCUUUCCUGGACAGAGCUAAGGAAUUUAGAGAAGACAAACUUACGCUGGUCAAGAUGGAGAAGAUCCACAACAGAUAUCUGUCAAAAAUCUUCCAGUACAAGAAAGGAGGAAGUCGGUUCAUGGGAGCCCAACAGUUAUAUCAGGUGGUCCCCAAACAGUUCACACGGCUCGUCUGUGAUGUCGGAUUUCAGAGGGUUUUCAGCAAUCCUACAGAUCCAAACUUAGGGAAGGGGAUUUACUUCACAAACACGCCUAAGAGGGCUGUAGGUGUUUUCCAGACCCCGAAAGAGGAGAGCGGCCUCAUCUACAUCUUCCAGGCUGAAGUUCUGACCGGGAAUUCUACUGAAGGCAGAAAAUACCUCCCAGUUCUCGUUCCUAAGAAGUCCUCAGUUCACAAAUCCGAACCUGCCAACAUUCUGGAUUUGUAUGACACUUUGGUAAAUACCGUAAAUUCCAUCGAUCCCUGGAGUUCAACGUCCAUUUACGUCAUACCCGACAGUUUCCGAGCAAAUCCGCAGUAUCUGUUCACCGUCCGACGGUGAGGCUGAAUCUCUUCCCGCCACUGACACACAUAGGGAACUAUUUAUGAAGAAAUUUCUGUGCAAAAGUUUCACCCAUCAGAAAUAAUCCCUAUAACGUCUCUAAGGCCCCUUUCACAUUUGCCAUCUAGGCCCCUUUCACACUGGGGCGGGAGGUGCGCUGGCGGUAUAGCGG